AUGCAACCUCAUUCAAUCUCAACUUCAACUUCAUUUCAUCAUCAACAUCAUCAACAUCCAUCUUCAUCCAAUCUAUCAAAUCAAGAAUCGAUUAUCAAUCAAACUUCAAAUGAUGAUAUCUAUAACAUUGAUAAAUCUAAAAUACCAAGACCAUAUAAAUGUCCAAUCUGUGAUCGAGCAUUCUAUAGAUUAGAACAUCAAACUCGUCAUAUUCGAACUCAUACUGGAGAAAAACCUCAUCAUUGUACUCAUCUAGGUUGUGAUAAAAGGUUCUCUAGAUCUGAUGAACUUACUCGUCAUGCUAGAAUUCAUACUCAUCCAACUCAACGUAAAAAGAACAAAUCAGUUCAACAACAACAGCAACAGCGUCAUCACCAUCAUCAUCAUCAUCAGCCACAGCCACUACCACUACCACUACCACUACCACAUCAUCAUCAGCAACAGCAGCAGCAGCAUCAUCAUCAACAACAGCAGCAGCAUCAACAACAGCUCGAAAUCGAUCAACAUCAUUCAUUGCUUGAAUCCAAUCUUUCGAGAUCAUCCUCAUUGAAUCUGAAUAUGAACUCUCAACCUAUUCACUCUUCAUAUGCUCAAUCUAUUCAAAAUCCUACCACUUCAUAUGAUACGACAGGCAAUCAUCAUCAUCAAUCAAGGAUUUCGAAUCAUCCACACUCUAAUCUGACUUCUUUAACUGCAACCUUUCAUCAUCUCAAUCAACAUGAUCCAUACCAUCCAAAUCAUCUCAUCAAUCCUCAACCAUCUCAAGAACCAUUGUCACAUUCCUCUUCUCAUCUCAAUCAAAACAUCCCAUCAUUUCAUCAUCAUUUACCUCAUCAAGUUCAACAUUCGGAUUACUUAGAUCAACGAUCACAUUCGAAUCGAAUCAAUCCUUUGGAAUCUCAACUUAAUCCUAGCACUCCGAUUAACUCUCAUUCUCAGUUCAAUCUCAACUCAUCUCAUCAUUCUCAAAUGAAUUCAAUCUCACCUAAUCACACCCAACUGAAUCCUAUUCUACCUAUCAACUCUCAACUGAAUCCUAUCUCACCUAUCCACACUCAAUCAAAUUCAAAUUCACCUCACCAUUCUCAAUUAAAUCCCAUCUCAUCUCAUCAUUCACAAUUGAAUCCGAUCCCACCUAUCAACUCUUCAAAUCCACCUCAUCAUUCAUAUCAUCUAAGUCGAUCGGCUCCUUCUCAUCUACAUUAUCCACAUCCAAACUCACACCCAGAACAACUUGGAUUCUCACAUCUUGAUCCAACAACAGAUCAAAGUGCGAUGAAAUCACAUCAUCCAUUACCGAGUCCAGCCGAUUUUGUUCGAAACAGUCCACAUCCUUCUUCCCAAACCGAACCGAACCAUUUUUAUGGAACCCAUCAAUCAGGUGUAGCCUUUGAAGCCUUAGAAGAACAAAGAAGAGUAGAAGAAGAGAGUGAUUUUUAUUUACCUAGAUCAAGAAGAGGUUCAAGUUAUCAAUCCCAUUCGGUUAAACCUAAUUUAAAUCAUUCACAUGAUGAUUUGAUUCGACAUUCACAUGAAGUUUCGAAUUCGAAUUCCAAUCCACAUCCACAUCAUCGUAAACAUCGACAUGCCUAUCAACCUUAUUCACAUCCAUCUAGUACGACCGUCUCAGUUUUGAAUUCACCUAUUUCGAGUCAUGAUGAAUUAAGUGAUGAUGAAAGAUCUUCUUCACAUUUACCGUUCGGUCCUUUUCAUCAGUUCACUCCAUCUGAUAGUCCUGUUUUAGGUCCGAUGAGUAAGUUAAGUUUAAUGAAAGGUAGAAGUACACAAGCUACGAGUGUGGUGCCUUCUACGGUGCCUUCACCUCAUCCUUCGACGUCUAGAGCUACUAGUCCGAUCAAUUUACCACCACUUAGGUUAGGACAAGCUAUGAUAAGUUUAAGCUCAUCUGCUUCUGCUUCUGUGGCUUCUUCUUCGAUUGGGAUGAGGUCUAAGAUGGAUGUCGAGAUGGAAGAAAGUGAAGAUCGAUCGAUGAGGGUUUCUAGAACUCCAUCUAGGAUUCAAUCUUCAUCUUCUUUAUCAAAUUUGAUUCAUCAAGAAGAAAGUUUGAAUCCAAGUUAUUAUCAAAAAGGUAGAUUAAAAGAUAUCUUGAAUGAUGAUUCACCGGUUAGGGUUUUAGUGGGAUCUGGAUCUGGGUGUGGGAAUCAUCAUCGAUUUACAUUACCACCUCUUUCGAAUAUUACGACUAGAUUAGAUGAAGUUAGGAAUGAUCAAGAAGAAGAGGGAGAAGAAGGGAAAAAGAAGGUCAAGGGAAAGAAGUGUAUUCAAAGGAAUGAAAAUGAAUUGUAUAAGUCUAGAUCGGCACCUACUUCUAGAAUGAAUUCACCACCUGAUUCACCAAUUCAAAGGAAUGUGAAACGGUAUCAAAUCACCGAAGAAGAGAUCAUGGAACAUCGAACGUUGAUUAAGAAGAGUAAGAAACGGAAUUCUAGAAGAAAGAAUCAGUUUGGAUUACAGAUGACACCGAUUGAGAUUGAAAAGAAUGAAGAGAUUGAAGGCUUGAAGUUGGGCUUGGGCUUCGAAGGGGCGAUCAGUUGUAGGAAGAAAGGAGUCGAGAAUGAUGAAGAUGUGAAUCUGGAUGGAAUGGCUUUGGGAUCUUCUUUACCGAAAGAUGAGGAAGAGGAAGAUGAGGAGGAUGAGGAUGAGCAGGAAGAAGGGGUGAGAGAACAGAAGAGGAGGAGUAGGGAUAGUUUUAGUAGUAUUAGUAGUCAUGAAAGUCUUCGAAUCAAAUUUGGAAAACUUUUGGGUUGA